AUGUCUGGAGUUGGGACAAAAAGUAUAAAAACCACCACCACUACCACGACGGUAUUAACGUCAGCGACAAUUAAUAAAAGUGUUUCCCUUUCUAAACGAAGAACCACUGCCGCUGUCACAGCUUUUCUUACUGCAAUCGGUGUCACCUUUACUGUCCACCAACCGAGGAGACCCUUGUCAGCACGUCGGUCAUCAGCAGGGCCGGGACAAGUUCAGCCAAAGCGAGCCACUCUUCGUUCUACGCCGUCUGUUACCUGGAUAGCGGUUGCUCGCGCGACCCCCACUCAUCUCGCACCCAAUAAGAGCAGUAGUAACGCUCGCGGCAGGGACGGUCAAAGCAAGAACGACAAUACUAGUGGUUGUCAUUGUGACAACGAUAAUAGUAGUAGUAGUAUCAAUUGUGGCUCUUAUAAAAAAAGAGAAAAAAUCAUUUAUCUGAUUGUGAUUUCUUUCUUUCUUUCUUCCUUCUUCUCUUCCUGCUUCUUCUUUUUCUUUUUCUUCUCUUUCUCCUACUUCUUUUUCUCCUCCUUCUUCUCUUUCCCAUUUUUCUUCUCUUUCUCCUUCUUCUUCUCUUUCCCCUUUUUCUUCUCUUUCUCCUUCUUCUUCUCUUUCCCCCUUUUCUUCUCUUUCUCCUUCUUCCCCUCCUGCCAGCAUUCUUCAGCUUUCUUCAAGUACCGUCACUUUCUUGAAGUCUUUUCUUUUUUUAUAAAUUUCUCUCUCUCUCUCUUUCUCUCUCUCUCUUUCUCUCUCUCUCUAUCUAUUUAUCUAUCUAUCUACCUCUUUAUCGAAAAAUAUUUCUAA